GUCGCGUCUACGUCGGCAGCGGACCCCCUUGUCGGAUCGUCUUGGCCGAGCUCUGCCUUCCACCGCACUCUCCUGUUAGUCCGCGGCCCGCGCUCGCCCUCGCGUCCGUCGCGCUCUGUCAAGCGCAGCUGUUCAUCCUUGACCGACGGAUACGAGCAAAGAUUGUCAACAUGUUUAGCUGGCUGAAUCGCGAGGAGAACAACAAGCAAGACCUCUUCGAAAAUGUCACCGAAGGCCUUAAGAGGAUAUACAAAUCCAAAUUAUUGCCACUGGAACAGUAUUAUCAGUUCCACGACUUUCAUUCACCACAGCUGGAUGAUCCAGACUUUGAUGCAAAACCCAUGAUUCUUCUAGUUGGGCAAUAUUCCACUGGCAAAACCACAUUUAUCAAGUAUCUGUUGGAAAGAGAGUUCCCUGGUAUCAGAAUCGGACCAGAGCCUACUACGGAUCGAUUUAUCGCUGUCAUGUACGAUGAGAAGGAAGGAGUCAUUCCUGGAAAUGCCUUGGUUGUAGAUCCAAACAAACAGUUUAGACCACUUUCAAAAUUCGGCAAUGCAUUCUUGAACAGAUUUCAAUGUUCGACUGUAGCGUCUCCUGUUUUGAAAGGCAUAUCUAUAGUAGAUACACCUGGUAUAUUAUCUGGUGAAAAACAAAGAGUUGACAGAGGCUAUGACUUUACUGGUGUUUUAGAAUGGUUUGCUGAACGUGUAGAUAGGAUUAUCUUGUUGUUUGACGCUCAUAAGCUCGAUAUCUCGGAUGAAUUUCGUAGAUCUAUUGAGGCCUUACGUGGGCAUGAUGAUAAAAUUAGAAUUGUUCUUAAUAAAGCUGACAUGAUAGAUCAUCAACAGCUUAUGAGAGUAUAUGGUGCUCUAAUGUGGUCGUUAGGAAAGGUAUUACAAACACCAGAAGUAGCUAGAGUUUAUAUUGGCUCGUUUUGGGAUCAGCCAUUAAGAUAUGACGUUAAUAGAAGAUUAUUUGAAGAUGAAGAACAAGAUUUAUUCAGAGAUAUGCAAUCGCUUCCAAAAAAUGCUGCAUUAAGAAAACUUAACGACUUAAUUAAACGAGCGCGCUUAGCGAAGGUACACGCGUACAUAAUAAGCGCUUUACGGAAAGAUAUGCCGAGUAUGUUUGGUAAAGAUACUAAGAAAAAAGAACUGAUAAAAAAUUUGGGCCAGAUUUACGAUCAAAUUCAAAGGGAGCAACAGAUUUCACCUGGUGAUUUUCCGGAUCUAAAGAAGAUGCAAGAGAGCUUAGCACAUCAUGAUUUUAAUAAAUUUAAUCCUAUAAAACUUAAAUUAUUAGAAGUAGUAGAUAAAAUGCUCGCUGAAGAUAUCGCGAAGCUUAUGGCUAUGAUACCGCAUGAAGAAGUCACUACUGUUUCGGAACCACUUAUUAAAGGAGGAGCGUUUGAAGGUGUAGAAGAUCAAGUUAGUCCAUUUGGAUAUAAAAGAGGAGAAGGAAUUGAUGCGGGUGCAGGUGAACCAGAAUGGAUUGUCAACAAAGAAAGAUAUAAAUACGAUAGUAUUUUUGAAUCACUUGCACCACAAGAUGGAAAAAUUACGGGAGCAGCGGCCAAAUCAGAAAUGGUCAAGUCCAAAUUGCCAAACAGCGUGCUCGGAAAGAUUUGGAAGCUUUCAGACAUUAAUAAAGAUGGAUUCUUAGACUCUGACGAAUUUGCCUUAGCCAUGCAUCUAAUUAAUAUAAAGCUUGAAGGAUACGAUCUACCGGCUGAGCUACCAGAACAUUUAAUACCACCAUCAAAACGUGAUACAUAAUAUACGAUUUUUGUAUUAUAAUUUAUCGUGGUUCAGAAAUGGUUAACACAUAUUUAGAACUACAAAACGGUGGAUAUUAACACGACUUAUUAAUCGUACGUUAAUGCCAGCAAUUUACA